AUCUGCGGCACAGACAGCCACCCAUGUGGGAGAAACGAUGGCUACUGAAGAUAUGUGGAGCGUUCUGGAGGAGUGUGUAACGAAAAUAAAUGACAACACAGCUCAUCCAGAGAACUUUCUGAGCCUUCAAGAUGGCGCAGCAGCAGACUUUACCAUGCUCACUAAGAUACUAUAUGACCUCCACAAAGCUGAAGAGCCCGCCGACUAUAAAGGCAGCCCGUUGGUUCAGCUGAUGGUGGAAAACUUUGAUGAAGAGCAGAUCUGGCAGGAGCUGGAGCUACAGAACAAUGCUGUAAUGAAACACUUUGAAACGGCAGCUAAUGAGGCUUUAUCAGAUGAGAAAUUGACACUGCUGGUUGAGGAGGAAGAUGAAGAGAAUAGUGUGGGGGCAGAAGGUGAGAAUGAUGAUGAUGAUGAUAUGGAUGAGGAGGAGGAGGAUGAUGGCGACGACGACGAACCACUUAAACAGUCCAAGAAAUCUGCUGAGGAUGAGGAUGGGGCACAUGGGUACACUGAUGAAGACUCAGAUUUAGAUUUUGACGUGGACGCUCUGGAGAAACGAGAGAAACAGAAGAAAGAGAUUGGAAGGAAAGGAUCCAAAACAAAGGUGGUUCCCUCUGAGGUCGACGAUACCUUCUUCAAACUGUCCGAGAUGGAGUCUUUUCUGGAUGAUAUGGACAAACGAGAGGGAAAGGAGGAUGAGGACAAAAACGAGCUAGACUACUUUCAGGACCUGCCCUCCGAUGAUGAUGACGAUCUCGACUUAAAUGAAAUACUUUCCACCCAAAAGAAAAAGAAAAUCAUUGUAAAGAGCUCAAGAAACCUCAAGUACAAGGACUUCUUUGAUGCUGUGGAUAGUGAACCAGCAGGAGCAGAUGACCACUCUGAUGGCGAGGAGGACAACAAGGAUCAAAGCCGGGAAGAAGGUGGAGAAGAAAUGUACGACGAGGCUGAUGAUCAUGACGGUGAAGAGGAGAGUGACGACGAGGAUGAAGUGACCAAAGCAUCUCAAAAGAAAGUAACCUUUAACCUCUCUGGGGACGAGGACAGUGAGGGAGAGGAUGUGGCGGACAUUUUUGGAGGAAAAACUCCAAGCUCAGCCAAAUCCGUGUCGAAAUCAUCAUUUGAAAAACGUCAAGAAAAGAUGUCAGAGAAAAUAGAAGAGUUGGAGAAAACGGCUCUAGCAGAUAAACCAUGGCAGUUGUCAGGAGAAGUUACUUCACUAACUCGUCCAGAGAACAGCAUGCUGGAGGAGGAUGUGGAGUUUGAGCAGAGUGGGAGGAUGCCCCCCAGUAUCACCGAGGAGACCACACUACAGCUUGAAGACAUCAUCAAACAGAGAAUUAAAGACCAGGCGUUUGAUGAUGUGGUCCGCAAGGAGAAACCCAAAGAGGAGGUGUUUGAGUACAAGAAGAGGCUGGCAUUGGACCAUGAAAAGAGCAAGCAGAGUCUAGCAGAGAUCUAUGAGCAAGAAUACCUCAAGCAGAAUCAGCAAAAGACCGAGGAGGAAGAAAACUCUGCUCAUGUAGAAAUUCAAAAGCUUAUGGACACACUCUUCCUAAAGUUGGAUGCUCUCUCCAACUUUCACUUCACACCUAAACCGCCCGUUCCCGAGGUCAAAGUGGUGUCUAAUCUGCCGUCUGUCACGAUGGAGGAGGUUGCUCCUGUCAGCGCUAGCGAUGCUUUGCUGCUCGCACCAGAAGAAAUCAAAGAGAAGAACAAAGCAGGAGAUAUUCUGGGUGUUACUGAGAAGACGUCAACAGACAAGAUGCGUGACAGACGCCACAAGAAGACGGUUAAGCGUAUAAAGAUCAAGGAGAAAGAAAAGCGGCAAAAACUUAAAGACGCCAGUGGAACCGGGGAGAACAGAAAGCUGUCAAAGGCUGAAGCAGCAGAGAACCUCAAGAAAAUCACAAAAGGAGGCAAAGCCAAGAUACUCAAGGACGAGGGGAAGGACAAGGCUCUGCGGUCCUCUCAAGCCUUCUUCUCUGAGCUGCAGGACCAAGUUAAAAGUCAGAUCAAAAGUGCAAAGGACCAGUCUUCAAAGAAGAAGAAACACAAAGAGGUUUCUGUAAGCAAACUCAAGUUAUAAGAACUGUGAUGGAUUGUUGUGGAAAAGCAAUGUUUUAUUGUACAGAUUCUUUUUUUUUAAUGAGAAACCUGUGAUAUAUUAAAUCUGAAAAUAUGUUAAAUGUUUCCAUUUUCAUUAAAAUAAAUGAAAAGCCCA